GUCCACCACGCGUCUCCCAGCAGUCACGCGACUUGAGAUGCCCGAGAGUGGAUACGGAAGUAAACAAGCCAUUAUAGUUGGUAAUAGUAAGCUCAGAGUGAGACGAUGGUACGAUGAGUCUCUGUUUUGAGUUCCAUCAUGAGUGACCGUAACCGUAGAGCGUCGGGAAGUGUGCUGCGACUGGCCAGUCUACUGUCAUGGGUUGCUGCACUAGUGGUUUUGUUGGCAUCUGUGUGCUUCUUCAUUACAUUUUUGAAGUUCCAGAUCUUCUUCUCAGACAUCUACAUCAUUGUACCUAUUAUUCUGGCAACUGCAGUGGCUGCCACCCUCUUUUUUGCCAGUUUUAUAGGGUGCUGCAUUAAGAAUGAUUCACCAUGCCUUCAGGGGAUGUUUGUCUAUCUGCUUGUGAUUGCUUUCUAUCUAGAAGCUGCUGCCAUAGUUCUGACUCACCUUCACUCAGCCAAGGUAGACACUGAGCUGACAGCAUUUGAAGGAGUCCUUAACAAGUACAAUGAGACUAACCAGAACAUUGAUACAAGAGCUGUAGAUGAUAUUCAGGAGGAGCUUCAAUGCUGUGGCAUUCAGAAUGUCAAAGACUGGGAGAAGACUCCAUGGUUCAUACAGACUAGAGAAGACAGGGUGCCCCAUAGCUGUUGCAAUUCAACUUACCAUAAUUGCACGGGCAGCCUCACCGAUUCAAAAAUGCUCUAUGACAAGGGCUGCCAAGUGGUACUGAAGAAAAACGUGUCUUUUAAUUUCAGAUUCAUAUUGUGGUCACUAGUAGCAACUUCACUGUUACAGGUUGUGGAGCUCAUCAGCAUUGCUAUUCUUAUGAAUGAACGUGUUCUCCCAGAGUACCGUAUAUUGCUGGACAGAGACACUUACGCCUGAGGCAGUUCAUCUGUUUUUCAAAGGACAUCUAUAUUCUCCAGUUUCACAAUCAUAAGUGUUCUUUUGAGGUUGAACGGACUUGUUUGCUUUCCAGGAAAAUGGAAGUCCCUGUUAUUGUACAGUAUUUUGAUAUUAGAAUGGGCUUGAAUCAUCUGUCAAAUGUUGAUUAAGAAAUGUGUCUAUAAACCCAGAUUGUAUGCUUGUUUUUGUGUACUUAAAAAUAUUUUUGGUGUAGUUUUCAUGGAAAAAGAUUUAAGACUUGCACAAAUAAAAUCUCACAUACUUAAAUAUAGAUUUUUGUUUAAGACAAAAUGUAUAGUAGUGUUCUACUUAUAUAAAGUACUCCCAUCAAUUACUUUCCUGGAUUACUUGUACAGUGUGGGUAUAUGUAUAUUAUCAGUAAAAAUAUUUUAAUGUU